AUGGAUAGCGAUGAGUAUAAAAAAGAAGUUGAAGCAAAUGUAAAGGCAGAAAAACUUUUACAGUUGCAAAACCAAACCGUACAGUAUGAAAACUUAGCACAAGAAAGUAAAAAUAACGACGCAGCCAUGCAAAAGGCAAUGAAAAGCGCAGAAUAUAUAAAAGCUAACAAUGACUGGUUAGAUGCCCAAGCCAACGCUAAAGCAGCCCAACUUAUAGGGUCAAUAAGGACAAAAAUACAAGCGGAUGAAGACAGUUCAAAUGAAGCUUUAACAAAUGCUGACUUUAAGAACGCCUUCGAAGCUCUUCAUAGUAAGGUGAAACAAGUGAACGACUUCUCAUCUGGAAAGAAACUGAAGUCUGAAGGUUUCGACAAAGAGUUAAAAGAAGUAGCACAAAAUAUGACGAAAAUAACAGAUGCAGCAACGAGACAGGCAGUUCAAAGUGCCUAUGACGCCGUUAGAGCAACUGUUGUGAAAAGUCAAGAAAAAGAGUUACAACAGACCAAAACAGACCUAGUAAAUGCUUUCUUAAGAACGAAAAGUCAGGUAGGACAUUACGCUGCAGAUGGAACAUAUGUGCCAGCUGGUGGAACUUAUAUACCAGCUGUUGGAAUUUAUAUACCACCAAACCCUCCAAGAGAAGCACCUGCACCAGGACUACCUAAAACAUUUACAUCGUCACAUGGACACAGACACAGGCAUGCACCACAACCAACACAACAACCAACAGUUCAAAACCCUGCACAACAACAACCACAAACAGAGCAAGGACAUAAAAGAAGUAGAGAACAAGGAAACCAAGAAUUCUUAAAAAUGCUUAAAGAAGAGUGUGGUUUCCCAGAUACUGUUGACUUUAGUGACAGAUAUAAAGAAGCUAUUGGAAAGUUCAAGGAUGGAAAUACUGACCCGAACCUAUUUAGCUUUAUGACUCAGCACCAAAUGGGAUAUAAUUUCAAACCUGGAAAAUACAAGCUCGCAAAGGGAUAUGAUUUAAUAGCAUAUCAUCCAAAUGACAUGGAUGAAUUUACUCCGAGAUAUUUGAUGUCAGAGCUAAAUGACAAUUCAACUUUCGUCAUGAAACGCGUAAAAAAUAGAGACGGAACGAAAGAACAAAAGCUUAUGAAUGCGGAUGACGUAGAUAGGGAAAUUGUUAAAAAUGGUCUCGGAAUAUAUGAAAUGCCAGCAGAUGAGGUACAAGAAACUCCACAGGAAGAAGUUCAGAUACAACCAGACAUGGAAGAAAUAGUUCAGCAACAACAGCUAGAAGAGCCUGAAGGAAACGAACAAGUCACUCCUUUGGAAACUAACCUCACAGAACUAGAUGAAGAUUUGGAACAGCCGAAAAAUCUUGACCCUCAACAAGAGUAUGCGGAGAAUAUGGAAUAUUUCCAAGAGUCUAAAAAAAAUUCGGCUGACAUAGUAGAAGAAUAUCGAAAAAUGUUUGCCGACAUACAAAAGACUCCAACACCAGAUGAAAAUAUUCAGCAUAGAA